ACUGGCGGGCCACCGAGGCAGGACCUGGGAGGCGGGGCCAACGAAAGAAAGCAGCAACGCCUGGGUCGCGGACAUUUCUCACUCCCAUCCCCUGUCGCUCGGCGGCCACUUCCGGAUCCAGGGUCGGGUCGCCAGCUCCCAGCCCUUCCGCAGCGUGCAAAACUACAACUCCCAGAAGACUCCGCGGACACCUCCCUCCUUCCUUCCCGCUUCCCCAGCAAUAACUGCUGGCGAAAGCAUUUACAGGCGCUUUCUAUCCGUAGAGUCAUGCCUGGAUGUGGAGCGACUUAGCCGGAGGCACCGGAGCAGGGACGUUUCUGGAGAGUAAACCCAUGAGGACACGAUGGAGGUCACUCAGUGCCCUGAGCCCCGAGAGGCCUGGAAGCAGGACCCAGCCGACGACCAGGAGCUGCUCUGGGGGGAACUGACCAUCGUGGAAGGUGAAGGCCACGGAUGUUAUGGAUUUGGGAGGAACGCCCACCGGACUGUCACCAAGCCUCGGAAAACUCGUCCGGAUGAGAGGCAGCACCAGUGCGCCAUCUGCGGGAAGAGCUUCGAGCAGCAUUCAGACCUGCUCAACCACCAGCGGAUCUACAGGGGGAAGAAGCCCUUCAAGUGCAGCGAGUGUGGCAAGGCCUUCAGUUACCCCUCGGCCCUGAUGGUGCACCAGAGGACGCACACGGGCGAGAGGCCGUUCCCCUGCGCGCAGUGCGGCAAGGCCUUCAGCCACAGCUCGGCGCUGCUGCUGCACCGGCGCGUGCACACGGGCGAGCGGCCCUACGCCUGCAGCGACUGCGGCCGCGCCUUCUCGCAGAGCUCUUCGCUCAUCCUGCACAAGCGCACGCACACCGGCGAGCGGCCCUAUGACUGCCCCGCGUGCGGGAAGGCCUUCACCCGCCACUCAGCCCUGGUGGAGCACCAGCGGGUGCACACGGGCGAGAGGCCGUACGCGUGCGGCUGCUGCGGCAGGGCCUUCAGCCAGAGCGCGCACCUAGCGCGCCACCAGAAGGUGCACGUGGCGCAGAAGGCGCACGGUUGCGGGGACUGCGGCAAGGCCUUCCGCUCGCCCGCCGCCCUGCUGCGGCACCGGAGGAUCCACACGGGCGAGCGGCCCUUCGGGUGCCCGGUGUGCGGGAAGGCCUUCACCCAGCGCCCCUACCUGGCGCAGCACCUGCGUGUGCACUCGGGCGAGAGGCCCUUCGAGUGCGACCAGUGCGGGAAGGCCUUCGGCAAGUGCGCGCACCUGGCGCGCCACCGCGGGACGCACGCGUGUGCCCGGGCGCGGCCGGGGAGGGUGCACGCUGGGGAGGGGAGGCGCCCCACGAGCGCGAGGACGCCGGCGCUGCCUUGGGGAGCUCCUACCUGCUGCCGCCCCACGCCUGCGGCGUUAGGCGCGGCAGAGGCCUCGCCCAGUAUCGGCGGCUGCACACCCCCUAACCUUUGUCCCAAACUGGGGGGCACUGGCUAACCUGCGUCACAAAUGGGGGUUGGACGGUGGUAUGGCCCACUUGGUUUAUUACCUCGGAGACACGGGGUGGAAUUUGGGGAAGGGAAUCAACAGCAGAACCUCCUUGAGAGGCCUCGUUAUGCUCCCAUUUGAAAAAUAUAUUGGAAAGCCUUAUUUUGUCAAUCUCGGAGUUUCUGUGCCUCUUACUUUGGAGCUGAACAUGAGAGUGUAGGGAUGAUGGGUCAUCGGGCCCCUUGGCUGCACCUCCCCGUGCGGGCACCUGCUCUGGGCCGGAGGGUCGAGGAGGUGAGAGCGCUGCUUCAGAACGUUCCUCUGUGGAGGCCAGGAGACCAGGGCCUGGGAACUUUUUAGGCAUCUCCAUAUGUGUAUAUGUAUAUACGUGGGUGAAUAGCUUUCUAGUCUGCCCAGAGCGCUUCGUGUGCGCCAGGUACCGGCCUAAGCGCUUGACAGAGGGAAGGCAUUGAAUCCUUGCGCCACCCCUUAGCUAGCACUGUUGUCGCCUCCAUGUUACAGGUGGGAAGACCCGGGCUCCAGAGGGGAAGCCAGAGCUCAGCGCCACCUUGGCAGCUGCUCCCAAGGAGCUCACUCUUAACCACUAGGCAACUAGUAAUCAAGAUGACGCUCCUUGAGCCCUUGUCAGACACCCAGUGGACAUUCUCUCGUCUCAUUCUUCUGGCGACCUCGUGGGGCCCGGUCUCAUUCUGCUUUCCCGGGUGAGAAAUCGUUGGUGAGGUCGCUCAGCCAAGCCUGCUGGCCCCUCGGGGUUCUUCCUGCUGGGCUGCCAGGGGCCCGCAGUCCUCCUAAGACAGCGUAUGGGGAAUUGAUGGGGCGUGGUCCCUGCCUCCUGCAGCAUGCCCAGUCUUUGCCCAGCCCCGUGGAGGCAUGAAGGUGUGGGCGGCUGCUGUUCCAGUUUCCUGAGAAAGAGUCAGGAGAAUGUGUACUCUUCGUGUUUUAAGACUUCAUCAGUCGUCAUAGUAACAAUCUUUUGGCCUUGCAGGCUGCUGGAUAGUAAGAUGUGGUUGGCCUUUGUUCCCUGGUCCCUGGGAGGGAACCUGAAACCUUUGGAAUUUGUUUUACCAUGGUGGGCCCCUUGGACCACACAUGAGCUUAUGCUAACAAGGUGCCUUGUGGUGGGCCCCUGGGUAGCUUCGGGAUGGGGGCUCGUCAUACUGGCAAGACCACCCUUGUGAUUUGAGGGUUGGGGCUUUGUGAUAUAACCCAAGCUCCGGGGAGGAGUCGGGGCUGGAGAUUGAGUUAAAUAAUGUGGCCGGUCGUCCAGUCAUCAUGCCUACCUAAUGAAACCCCAGUAAAAACCCUGGACCCCCAAGGCUUAGGUGAAUCUCCUGGUUGGUGAUAAAUGUCAGCGGGCCACAUCCUGAGGACACGCAAGCUUACAUUUGGGACUCUCCCAAACCUCCCUGUGGCUGGCCCUGAUUUGUAUCCUUUAUAAUAAAACUGUAACCAUAAGUAUAGGGCUUUCUUGAGUUCUGUGACAUUCUUUUGAGUUAUCGCGCCUGAGGGGGCUAGUGGAACCUGUGAACUCAUAGCCAGUCUGUGCAGAAGUGAGGGGGCCUGGGAGCCCUGGAGCUUGUGACUAGUGUCCGAGUGGGGGCGAUCUUGUGCCCUCAGCCUGUGAAGUCUGGCCUGACAUAAUCAAAUUCCCUCUAAUGAUAUUGUGAUUUUAUUUCCUUUCUUUUUUGCACAUUAGGUUUGGUCUGGAAUUAGUGGUCAGACGGCAGCGCUCCAGCCGAGGGUGCGGUGGGGAAGGUGAUGAAUGAGCUGGCUGGCUGCUUCCCCCUGUGAUAAGCAAGAUCUCCUUUGAUAAUGAAUUGGGCUGCUUAAAAAACAAAGUGUGACCCCUGAUCUAGACCAGGCGUCUGCUUUGUCACUGCUAACUCGAGCUGCCAUUUCUGGGAGGUUUUCCCGUGCAACGAGCAAAAUCCUAAGACCUGGACCUGACUUCGCUCCCCAAACAGCCAACGCAGAUGGGGGCCUCCUGCUCCCUGAUAUAAUGCAUCCUGCUUACGGGUUUGCACUCUGCAUCCUGUCCUGGGUCUGGAUCUUGACUCUGGAGCUCCCUAGCCAUGGAGCCGGAGCGAUGGCAAGAGUUUCAAUUCCUCAAGUUUAAAGCGGCAGAUUGCGUCUCUUCCCAGGGUUGUUACAGAGUAAAUGGGCCAGCAAAGGCAGCUCUUAAGACAGGGCCCAGCACAGGUGUUCAAUAAUGGUUGGGGAUUGUUUUCCUUUUUUUCUUUUGAUAGUAAAUGUAAAGAGGCUAGCACAUAAUUGUUUUCAAAAAUGAUACAUAUUAUCUGUUUAAUAGAAUUUGUAUCAGCUAAUAAUAGCUACUAUGUACCAAAUACUCAUGUGCCAAAGCCUGUAAAACACUUAUACUACUAAACCUUCACUGCAGCCCAGUUUAUGUGUUCCUCUCGACCCUCCCCAUUUCACCAGUAAGAACACCAGCCUGGAGCGGCCCCUCACUUGGGCAGGGGGCCACCGAGCAGGUGGACAGCCCAGCACACCUGCUUAAUGUCAGAACCUCCGCUGUUAGCCACAUUGUCUUCCUACCUCUGAUACUGUAGUGAUUAUGUAGCAUAUACAGGUCUGAUUUAUAAUAAGAAAUAUAUAUUUGGUCUUUGUCCACAUUCCUGACACAGCUCCUAAAGCCCUUGGAAUUUCAUUAAUGAUGAGAACGAUAAAGUUGCCUUUUAUAUGUUAAUGAGGUGACUUUUGGAAAGCACCUGAGGAUGGGCUGGUUGCCAAGGAACUAACCACAUAAUUGGAGGGUUGGAACUUGCAUGUUGAAUCAAUUGCCAAUGACCAGUGAUUUAAUCAAUCCUGCCUACGUAAUGAAGCCUCCAUAAAAACCCAAAAGGAUGGGUUCGGAGAGCUUCCGGGUUGGUGAAUACGUGGAGAUGCGGGGGGAGUGGUGCCCUGGGAGAGGGCGUGGAAGCUCCCCACCCCUUCCGCAUACCCUGCCCUAUGUGUCUCUUCCAUCUGGCUGCUCCUGAGUUCUGUUAUAGUAAACCCAUAAUCUAGUGAGUAAAAUGUUUCUCUGAGUUCUGUGAGCCGCUCUAGCAAAUUAAUCGAACCCAAGGAGGGGGUCGUGGGAACCUCUGAUUUACAGCUGGUCGGUCAGAAGCACAGGUAACAUCCUGGUCUUACACGAUUGGCAUCUGAAGAGGUGGGAGUGGUCUUGUGGGACUGAGCCCUUAGGCUGUGGGGUCUGAUGUCAUCUCCAGGUAGAUAGUGUCAGAAUUGAGUUGAAUUGUAGGACUCCCAGCAGGUGUCGGGGAAUUGCUUGGUGGUGUGUGAAAAAGACGCAUUGUAAUUGGCAUCAGAAUUGGAACACGUAACCCCUUUCUGGAUUCCGGAGUCCUCCCGGCCCCCAGGAAAGGCGCCGUCUUUCUUUUUGACUCUAAACAAGACCAGGGUAUGAGUGCCCCUGAGCAGAGGGAUCUCCAGCCUUGGGAAGGUCUCAUGGUGACACACGGCCCUCUUCCCUCCCUUCCCAAUGCCUUUCCGCCCGCACGGAUGGUAUCCACCCCACAGGGCUGGGGGAGGCUUAGAUGUGUUUACCUCAGUGGCUGAGGGCCAGCUGAGUAAUAGGUCAUUACUACUUCAUGCAAAUUAAAGUCUAAAAACCCCUCAGGCUUGUGGGUCUCAAACUGUGGUCCCCCAACCAGCAACAUUUGCACCCUCUGGGAGCUUGCUAGAAAUGCACAUUCCCGGGCCCCUCCAGACUGCGGAACCAGAGACUCGGAGAGUGGGGCCAGCAAGCUGUGUGUUCACUGGCCCUCCAGGUGAUUCCCAGGUGCUCAAGUUUGAAAAUGGGGUGGAGAAGAGACAAAAUUAGGAUCAUUAGGAAACUUAGCGG